AUGAGCGGAGCCGGUAAGAAAGUGGCCGAUGUGGCAUUCAAAGCGUCGAGGACAAUAGAUUGGGAAGGUAUGGCUAAGGUUCUUGUCUCCGAUGAAGCUCGCAGAGAGUUCUCAAGUCUCCGUCGUGCUUUCGAUGAGGUUAACACACAGCUCCAGACCAAAUUCAGCCAGGAACCUGAACCCAUUGACUGGGAGUUGUAUAGGAAAAGUAUUGGUUCUGGCAUAGUGGACAUGUACAAGGAAGCUUAUGACAGCAUUGAAAUCCCCAAGUACGUGGACAAUGUAACUCCUGAAUACAAGCCCAAGUUUGAUGCUUUGUUGGUUGAACUGAAAGAAGCAGAGCAGAAAUCCCUAAAGGAAUCUGAGCGGCUGGAGAAAGAAAUCGUGGAUGUCCAAGAGAUUAGCAAAAAGUUAAGCACAAUGACGGCGGAUGAGUACUUUGAGAAGCAUCCAGAACUGAAGAAGAAGUUUGAUGAUGAAAUCCGCAACGACUAUUGGGGAUACUGA